AAAAGCAAGCUUCCUUAUUUUUUGUUUUAAAUACUGCUGUUGUCAUUUGACUGGAUGACUUUUCUGGUCUUCUCUCAUCAGCAUUCUUGAGCACCUGAAGAACCUCACAAAAAAAUAAGCAUCUGUGCAACUGGGAUUUGACUGAAUCAAGAUGCUGCUGAUCAUUGAAGCUCUUCUCAUUUUAGCUGCUCUAGGACAGGAUCACAGAGCUGCUGCUGCUGCUGUUGAAGGACAAAUAUUUCCAUUGAAUAUGGCACUGAAUUCUGUUGAUGACCAAUAUGGUGGAUGUAGAGAAAAAAUGGAACACCUGGUGAAGACUAAAUAUCUAAAGAAGGAAAUCAAUUACUCACCUGAAUUUAAAAAGGCUUGGCAAAAAGGUAAAAAGAAUGCCACAGCACCAGAAACUGAAUUGACAAGGAGUCAUUCUAUCGCCAUUUAUGUGUACACUAACCUUAAUUCUAGCGUAUAUAGCAAUUUUAAUAUGGCUGUUCAUAAUGGGAAACAAAAGUACACAGACCAGAUAUUCAAAUGGUAUUCACUUCACUUUUUGUUAACAGAUGCAAUACAGAUAUUGACUAAAACACAAAAGAAAUGCAAGUCAACAUAUCAUGGUACAAAAGCUGAAUAUCAUAAGAAUGUAACGGGCAAAGAGGUUCGUUUCGGCUCAUUUACAUCCUCCUCUCUUGAUCGCAAAGUGGCACAAGGUUUUGGAAAUAAAUCUUGUUUUGAAAUCAGAACUUGUAAUGGUGCUAAUGUGAUCAAAUAUUCUAAGUAUCCCGAACAGAAAGAGGUGCUGAUUCCCCCAUAUGAGAAGUUUAAGAUUACUGCUGUCAAGACAAGACAAUACCAGACAAAUCUCUGGUGUGAGACUGUGUACAAGUUGAAAAGCUCUGGAAAAAGAAGUGACCUGAACUGUACAGUGGCUUUCAAGAAAUCAACAGGAUUCAAAUGCAUAUGCUCAAAGGGCCGUUGCACAAUGUAUAGAAUAUAACUGUAAAGCUGCUUUAAAACAAUGUGUAUUGUAUAAAGUACUAUAUAAAUAAAGGUGACAAUAAUGCA